UUCUUGCAAUCUCCACUGCCGGUUCUCUUCGUGGUUGGCACCACCGGAUGUGGAAAAACGACACGCGUUCCUCUGUACACCUUUCUGCACCGCCCGGAAGAAGCCCGGAUUCUGGUUCUGCAGCCCCGCCGCCUCGCGGUGCGCGAGUGCUGUUCGCAGAUUGCGAAAGACCUUGCGGUAGUGAGAGGAGUGCCAGUAGAAUCUAUUUUCGGUCGCACCGUCGGAUACCGCAUCGCGGAUGAAUCGAAAUGGUCAGCCGGCGAGACGAAAAUCUGUCUGACCACAACUGCGUUUUUUCUUGAGGAAUUCGUGCACAAGUAUUUACCGGGUUUGAAGCAUGAUGCUGAGCUUCCUUCAGUAUUAUCCGGCAUCAAGCGAAAUAAACCAAAAUCGGCAGGACGAGCAAAAAUGGUCUUCCGGGAUAAGCAGCAGCAGCUACUUCUAUUCCCCUACACGCACCUUCUGAUCGACGAGGUGCACGAGUCUUCGGAAGAUUUGGAGCUGGUGCUCCUUUGUGUGAAAACCCUUCGGAUCCAGAUUCCAACCUUGCGUGUCGUCCUGCUCAGCGCGACUAUGGAGGCAGGGCUUCUGUGGAAGUAUUUUGCGAGCAACGAUGAUCAUGUGAUGGUGGAGAAGUUAAGAACAAUACCGACGACGGAGUGCAUCGUCGUAAGCCGCUCUAACACUUCUCAGGUGGUCCACAACGUCACCACCCUGUACUUGAAUUCCGUCCAAUCUUUCCCAAAGGCCGUCCGCCCGACAGUGGUGGAAUAUUUGCAAACGGUAAAGCAGUGGGCAACGGAGGCGAAGCUUACUCAUCGGCAGGAAAAGAUGAAGCAGAAGGAGCAGCUGCGCGAAAAUCUUUAUGUUGGUCCUGAACUUCCUCGUGAUACUAACUUCAGGUCGCACAUGAGAGACCUUCAACCUGCGCCAAAUAACGAGAGAAACUGGGAAGACGUUCUUGCAGGCCAGCUGUCCGCAACGAGAUCGCGCUUGGCUGACCUCGUCGUCGGAAUUUGUCUCGCCGAGCUAACGAAGAAGACGCUUCCAUCUGGCAAUGUGCUUGUCUUUCUACCGGGGUUGGCACAGAUCCGGGACGUCAACGCGGAACUGCAACGCCGCCUGCAGUUGCACAGCAUCGCCGUUCCAAGCCUGCUUUCAACGCGGGUUUUCACACUGCAUUCCGAUCUUCACGUUGACCGUGAGUGGUCACAGGAUUUUCUGAUCCAACAUUUACGGGUGCGCACCGAAGAGGAGAA